CCCACACUUUGAGGAAUUUCCAAUAACAAAGGAACCCGAACUACAUGGAAAUUUUCUUCAUAUAACCGAUUUACAUCCUGAUCCCCUUUAUGAUUUUAAUGCUACAGUGAAGUCAAGGUGUCACAAACGUUUUCAAGGUUCUUCAAAACCUAAACAUAUGUUUCAAGGUGAGGCUGGUCCUUGGGGAGCGCCAACGACGAUUUGUGAUUCUCCUCUCAGUCUUAUAGAUGCAACGUUUGAAUGGUUGGAAAAUAAUUGGAAGGAUCAACUUGAUUUUAUCAUAUGGACGGGGGAUAACUCCAGGCAUGAUAACGACGAAAAUUUUCCACGAACUCCUUUGGAAAUGUUUCAAUUGAAUAGGAUGAUUUCCGAAAAGUUUUUAAAGACGUUCGCAAAUACCAACAAGGCCAAGAAUAAGCACGCGCCACACUUCAUUCCCAUCGUACCAUCAAUAGGGAACAAUGAUAUUUUUCCACAUAAUAUCAUUGAAGCGGGUCCAAACAGUAUGCUCGCAAUCCUUCAUGACAUCUGGUCUCCUUUUAUUCCUAACGGACAGCAUGAAACUUUUAUAAAUGGAGGGUAUUAUUAUACGGAGGUGAUCCCGGGAAAAGUUUUGGUGAUCUCAUUAAAUACCAUGUAUUUUUUCAAAUCAAACUCCGCAGUUAAUGGAUGUGUAAAUCCUCUUCAGCCUGGUACGAAAGAAAUGAAAUGGUUGAAUGAUGUUUUGAAAUUAGCACGUAAACGUGGGAUGAAGGUUUACUUGACAGGUCACGUUGCACCGAGAGCCAGGGCAUAUACCAUAACGUGCUAUAAGAAAUACGGUCGAUUAUCAUUAAAAUAUCAAGACAUCAUAUUAGGACAUUAUUAUGGACACUCGAAUAUGGAUCAUUUCUUUUUUAUUGGAUCUAAAGGUUUAGCCGAGAAAAAUCCUAAAAAUAACACGAAUGCCAUCAAAGCCGAAAAUCGAAAAACAUUAUCUCCAGAAAGCGAUUCAAAGAUUGAUGAAUAUGUGGGCCAACUUUUCCAUCAUUAUCGUGCGAUACCCUCUCAUACGGAUGAUUUAGCAAAAGAUUACGUUGUCGUUAAUAUAAAUCCAUCUGUAAUUCCUACCUUCUUUCCCGCUUUGAGAAUAGUUAAAUACAACACGACAGAAGUGACAAGAGAGGAAGUUGGUACGACGAAAUCACAUCAAAAUACCUUUUUAACACCUUUAGGAUACACUCAAUAUUUUAUGAACAUUACCCAAGCAAAUUUAUAUCCAAACGUUACGCCAGAAUAUACAGUUGAAUAUACAACGUGGGAUGAUUAUUUUAUGAAAGAUUUAACGGUUCCAAGUUGGAUUCAAUUGGCGAGAGAUAUUGCAAAUAAUGGACUUGAUGGCUCUCUAUGGGAAAAGGUUCAAGAAUAUUUGUUGGUAGGAGCAAAUUCCUUGAUUAAACGAAAGAACAAAUCAUUUCAACAAUGUAGAUAUUCAAGUUGUUCCGCAAAAGGACCAGAAGAUUAUCUGGUUUCGGAACUUUCGUUUUAA